CUGCUUGGCAACGGCGUACCUUGGCGGCCAGCGUGGGAGACUAGAGCAGGGACUGAAGCGGCGGGCCGGGCGCCUUCCCGCGACGGGCGGGGCCCGCCGACCUCCCUGCGCCGGGAGGAGCUUUGGAACCCUAGCGGGUUGACAUCGGAGUCGGUCCGCAGAACCGUGACCCUCCGAGGGCUGGAAAACUGCAGUGUUGGCUUUUAUGCUAAACCAUUUAUAGCGAUGGACUUGCCAGAUGAGAGCCAGUGGGAUGAAACUACCUGUGACAUGGCUGUUUGUCAGCAUCCGCAAUGCUGGGCGACUGUCCGUCGAAUUGAGACGGGCCAUCCUCGAAUCCUGAACCCAGUCUCCAAAACUCCCGUGGAAGCUGAGGAUAAACUCCCAGCGCUCACCAUCAUAGACAUCUCAGAUUCCUGCCUCCAGGCCAAGGGACUUGCUGGUCAUCUUUUAUCAGAAUUUACCUUCACUAAAGCUCACUCUUUAUUGUGUCGGUAUUCAAAGUUUGGUUCCAGAUUUCAAGGCAGACCUCAGAAGAGUUUACCCAACAGAAGUUCCAUCAAGCAUACUAACAGCCCUCCCAAACUCUCAGUGCUGGAUUUGAAUGAAACACAGCUGCCCUCCUCUAAUGAUGUUAGAGAUACGAUUGUACUUUGGAUCCCAGAAGAAACAGAGAAGCAUGUGAGGCCCGCUGAGAAGAAGCCUAUUUUUUCCAGUCCACAUAGAAGGAGACUGGCACUGAACAAGUUUCCUCUGGAUCCAUCUGGAAAGCAGGAAACAGAAGCACUACUGAGAACUCCAGGGGUGAUGGUGCCCCCUCCCUCCCCGGUGCUCUUGUUCGAGCAGUCAGGUUCCCAGUCCACACCUCUCUAUGCCCAGCUGGACAUGUUACCUGAUGACCUGCUGCAGGAUCUUUUGGCAGGUGGAGGAAAAAUGCUGCCCUGGCCAGAGAUGAAGAUACAGUUGGCCAUGAUGAAAAAGAGCCUUCCCCUGGCAAAGACCCGGCCUGAGAGUGCACUUUCUUCUAAGAUGUUUCUGUCUGUACGCCGCCUCACCUUGCAAACACCAGCAUUGAGAUACCCUGGGCGUUUGAGGAAAGCACAGUAUAAGCCGAAGGCAGAAGCGACAUGUGCUGAUACUGCCAUAUCUCCAGGUCACAGGAAACAGCAGCAGCCGCAGCAACAGAAGAAGGCGAGAAGACCUACAAAGAAACAGGAAGCUAAAAAGAAAGCCAAGAGUGAUCCUGGGAGCCAGAACCCUUCGCGCACACGUUCGGUUCCCGACACUUGUGACCCUGUCUGUGAAGCCAGCGUGAAUACAGUAGGGAUGGCACAAGAAGGCGAGCCACAUUCUGGUCACGGGACUUCACCAGGGCAGGAGAGUGACAUGAAGCAGCAGCACGUGUGGAUAGAAGAAGCUGGCUUGGAGAAGGAUUCCACAGAGACACUGGACAUGGACUACUCUGAGGACUUCCUGGAUUUCUUUUCCAGUAUGGAAAGUAUUGAGUUACUCCAGACGGAAUCCGCUGAUGAGGACAUUAGUGCUCUAGUGAAGACUGUGCUAGAAGACCAGGAUGUCUGCCUAGAGGAGAACCUUCUUGAAAAUAUGGCUGGAACAAGCUGGAACCCUGAGCUCAAACUACUGAGGAUUCUUCAGGACACUGAUGACAAGGAAGAGGAGAACCAACCCCCUGGUGAUGAGUCUCUGGAGGCAUAGCCUGAAGGCAUCGCCAGGGCAGCCUUAUUCCCAACUGGGCCUCCUGAGGUCAACGGCCUUCUACACAAGGAUGGAAAGGAGACUGACGUCUGCUCUCCGGAUCCUUGACCAAGGCAUGGGCUUAGAGAUUCCUCUUUGUUCACAUCUUCUUGCUUAUGAAAUAAGUGAGGAAGAAAAAACCUUGCCUCUUUUAAACAGAUUAUUUCUCUUCCAUUGGGGUGAGAAUAAUUGUAAGUGAUUAAACAC